AAGGUAAGAGGAAAUAAAAAUGGAACACAGCCUUCUUGGAAGACUGUGCGCUUGACAGUGCACAGUUCUAUCUGGUCACUGUUUGAAUUCUAUAAUACCUAUGACGCUGAGUCACCUUGUCCUAUCAGGAAACAGAAGAGGUAUAAAUCUCCCUCCAGUGAAGAGCCCCAGUCACUUCCACAACUACCUGAAGAAGGACGGAAGAAGCCUCUGAUCUUCCAGGAAACAAAAAGAGAUGAUUCUGCCGGUGGUGUUCCUGUGUCUCACAGUUGUGGUGCCUCUGUCCACUGCAGAGGAACCUGAAGAUUUUGAUGCUCUGUCAACUAACAGAACAGAUCAGCAAAACCUUAUUGUUGACACACAUAAUACCCUCAGGAGAGGAGUAAAACCAAGUGCCAGCAACAUGUUGAAAAUGGAAUGGAAUGCUCCAGCUGCAAAGAAUGCCCAAAACUGGGCCAAUGAAUGUACUUUAACACACAGUCCUGCUAGCAUGAGGAAAACCAAUGUACAAUGUGGGGAAAAUCUCUUCAUGGCAACUGGCCAUUUCUCAUGGUCAGAUGUUAUUCAGUCCUGGUAUAAUGAGGAGGAAAAUUUUGAAUACGGAACUGGAGCAAAAACACAAGGUGCUGUGAUUGGCCAUUACACUCAGGUGGUUUGGUACAAUUCUUAUGAAGUUGGAUGUGCUGUCGCUUUUUGUCCCAACAGGACAUACAAAUACUUUUAUGUCUGCCAGUACUGCCCCAUGGGGAAUCUAAUAAGUUCAAUUCCGACACCCUACAAAAAAGGAGAACCCUGUGGUGAUUGCCCUGAUGCUUGUGAUGAUGGAUUAUGCACCAAGCUUUGAAAUUUGAAGAUAUUUGUUCCAAGUAACUUUGCAAAGGCUCCUGGAUGUACCCAUAGCUUCUUCAAGUUCAUUGCCCUCUUCCUGCCAAUGCAAAACUGAAAUAAAAUAAUGGGCUCAAUUUUUCCUUCCUGGACAUCGAUCUCCUUAGUGAUUCUUUUCACAAAAACAGAAUCCACCCUGCCUCUCCCACAUGUGCAGAAGGACUAACUUAGU